ACGAGUCAAGCAGCCAUUGCUCAUCGCAAGUGAAGGUCGACGCUUUCGUAAAGCUUGGUUAGGUUGUCAUUUUUCGCCGUAAAAACCCAUGAUUUUAACUACGAUGACUACAAGCACCCACCAUGGAAGAUAAUUUCGCUCUAACUUGGGAAGACUCCGCCGCCGUCGUCCAAGGCGAAGAAGUCAUCUGCAGCAUAGAAAAUGAAAUCCUUCCGGCCGAGACCUCGGAGUUCACCGGGGUACAGCAACCCGAGGAGGAAGAAGAGGAAGAAGGUCCACUAGCCGAACCCAUCCCCGAGCCCGAGGGCAACAUCGUCUACAUCACCGAGGACAAUGUCCUCGUCAUGCAACCGACUAACACCGUCAACUUCCAGGACCAAUUCAUGGAAGUUGCUGAAGACGUGGCCGAAGAAGUAGCCGAAGAGAUCGUGACGGAGCAGUGGGACGAGAGCUGCCCGGAAGAGAUAGUAGUGGGGUCGGAAGAAGCGGUGGGUAACGAAGAACAGACGAACGAGGAUUUCGAUAUACCGUUGCCGACGGAUCAGGAUGAGUACACGGCGUCGAGACCGUACCCGUGCGACUUUUGCAGUCGCAGGUUCAGGAAGAAGGCGAACUUGAUGAACCAUAUGGUGGCGCACCAGACCGAUAGGCCCCACGGGUGCAAUCUGUGUGGGGUGAGGUACAUAAGAAAGUGCGAUUUGAUGAACCACUUGAAGAUACACGCGUAUAUUCCGGAAACGGAUGGGUUGGAAGAGGAGGAUGUGCAACAAUUGGAUGAGUCGGAUGGGGAGAAGAGGAGUAAGAGGAAACAGUUUCCGAAGAGGAAGAAGAACAGGAUUAAGGAGGAGUAUGAUUCGUAUGAAGGGGAUGAAGCGGCGUCGAGUUCGAGGUCGUACAACUACGUCGAUGAAGAUAUGCGCUUGAUGGAAGCGAUGGAGAAUAACGUGAAGGGGGAUUACGCCGACUAUGGCGAUUACAUGGCGGAGAAUCAACCCGUGGAGGUGCGAUACCCGAUUACCGACCCUCGUAAACCCUUCGUGUGCCAGCAUUGUGGCGUAGGGUUCGCUCGAGAGAAAGCUUUAGCGUCUCAUGCUCGUAUCCACGGUGGCGAUAGCCCUUUCGAGUGCCAGAAAUGCGGGGAGAUGUUUUGGGACGUCGCCCUCAUGCGCGAACACGUGCGCAGUAAACACGGAGACAUCGAAGAUUUUGAUGAUGACGAAGACGAAGACUAUUCUGAGGAAGAUACAAAGUAUGGGACCUUCUAUUGCUCGACGUGUGGUUUGUCGUUCCACCGCCAGGAUAAUCUAAAGCGGCACCAACGAGUCCAUAUAAAAGAAGAAUACAUCAAUGAUCAUGAAUUCGGCCACAUUUGUAACGUCUGUGGCGAGUCUUUCCCCGAAGCGUUGGAUCUUCUCGCUCAUGCCGAAGUCCACGCUCGCGGUUCGGAGCACCGUUGCAUGAUCUGCGGAGAAGUGUGCACUGAUGACCAAGCCGUCGCCGCUCACGUCCAGUCCAAGCACGGGAAGAAUCUCCCCCCGAAUACUUGCAUGUUGUGCGGACGCACCUGCAAGGACCGACGGACGUUGCUGAAGCACUCCUGGGAACACUCGAAAGAGAAGAGCUUCGCGUGCUCCAAGUGCGCCAAAACCUUUCAUAAUAAAGCCCGUUUGAAACGACACAUGUUAUCCCACAGGAAUAAAAUCGUGUCGUGUGACGUUUGCGGCGAGGAGUUCCCGGACGGGAGAUCGUUGAUGAAUCACAGACACAGCCACAGUAGUUUAUCCGGGCGCCAGUUUCCUUGUAGAGAGUGUGGCAAGACGUUCGGCUCGCGCAGCUCGCAGCAGAUACACAUCAGGAUCCACACCGGUGAACGCCCGUAUGGGUGCAGGUUCUGCUGGAAGGCCUUCGCCGACGGCGGCACGUUGCGCAAACACGAGCGCAUCCACACGGGAGAGAAACCCUACGCAUGCGCGGUGUGCCCGAGGGCGUUCAACCAAAGGGUCGUCCUCCGGGAGCAUAUCCGGUCACACCACUCAGGUCCCGAUCCUAAGUACACUCACAGCGUGACCCCGUAUUGUUGCUCGGUCUGUUCGGAUAUGUUUGCCACGUCGCAAGAUUUAAUCGUGCAUUUGAUCCACCACUGCGAUUUAAACACGGCGAUGAAGAGACAACCACAGGUGGGUCCGAGGAAGUAUAAACGAAGGAGGAAACUCAAACCGCACGAGCUCGAGUUGAUUUCGAAUAAAGCGGACGACGAAGUGGAAGAGGAAGAAGAGCAGCCACACUACACUGACUCAGAAGAAGAAAGAGAACUCAGAAAGAAGAAACAAAAAAAUAAGAAACCUUCCCCGAAACCCACUCUGAACGAAACUUACACCGACUUGUACAACAGUUGUUCGUCUGCGAUCGAAAACAUCAAUUCGAUAGUGAACUCGAAGUCGACUUCCAAGUCGAAACGGAAGAUCAAGGCAGAGCCUGCGGUUCCGUCGCGCCCGAAGAUGAUCCACACGCAGAAAACUCGCGUUCCUGUGGAGACCGGCGAGGACGGGAAAGUCAGACAUAAAACUAAAACCCUAGUGACGCGGACGCAACCCACCGAAUUAAAGUCAGCAACCGGCGAACGAAUAAGGCCGAGGACUAAAAACGUCAGUUAUCACAUACUUAAUUCCGAGAAGCUCCCUCUGGCUACGUUUCCGGACGACGACACCGAGCAAGCGGUUAACAGUUUGUUGAAGGAGGAUCAACUGAACGAUCAGAGCAACGGGGUGGUGUACAUGGAGCAGACCGAGACGACGCCCGAGGUGGCCGCCGAGCAAGUGGUGGAGACCGAGAUGGACAACGGACCAGUGCCAACCAACAUAAUCAAAGUGACGUCGACGCCGACGCAGUUGCACAAUUUGAGGCCCGGCCGCACGAUCAUCGGGCCGGGGAGCAAGGUGGUGAGGCUGGUCAAAGGCGGGAUGAUCAUCACGAAGAACAAGAAGAUGGAGCCGGAGAAUAUCCUGCCGGAUAUCGACAAUAUGAAGAACGACGACGAAGUGAGGGUCAAGCAGGAGGUCGUAGACGCCAGUCCGCUGCACGAACUGGCCGAGUUGUCCAUGCAACAUGCACAAAAUAUGUUUAAAUGUGAGAUGUGCAGUGCCGUUUUUGACGAUAGAGCUAAACUGUUGGAUCACGUGCCCAUACACAUAUGAUUGUAAAUAAGUUCGUUUUUGUUUGGUUCGAGAUAGAAGUUUUCUUUGAAUUGUGUUGUUUAUUCAUUGAGAUAGGGGUUUCGACCGAAUUGUCAAAAUUUAUUUUUUUAUGAUGCGAAGUUGGUUAGAAGACCGAGUUUUUCAAGGACUGGAUGUGUAGCGAUUCUGAACCCUCUUUAACUACUGAAUAUAUUUUUGUAUUAUUUUCUAUGAGGAGAUGCUUCUUCAAUGACACAUUUUUAAUACAUACAUACAUACUUUUUUCUUUAAGUAAUUGCAAAAUAUUGUAGCAAACUAAGAUGUAUUUUAACCUCUUUGUAACGAUUUUACUAGUUUUUAUGUAUAUAAAGUAUAGAUUAUAAAUGCACUAGUAAAUAGAAUAUGUAAGUUGUAUGUUAUUGAUGGAAAUAAAUCUUUGGUUAGGCA